GGUGGUGUCUAACGCUGCCAAUAGUGACAACUGACAAUGAUGGUAAAAGCUCUUGACCUUGUUGAGUUCACUGGUUCGGUUACACAAGCUAUUCCUGGACCUAGAGUGGGUCCCACUUCGUUGCCGUGGAUUCUCGCUGUUCCUCUUGGUUAUGUUGGUGUUACUUUUGUUAUUGCGUUUGUUAAGACUGUUAAGAAGUUUACUUCUCCUAAAGCACAGCGACGUAAAUUGGUUGGUAAAAAUGCGAUGCUGUGUAAGUCGGUGGAUGAGUUGUUGUUACAAAGAGGAAGAGAUGAAGUUAAGGUUGAUGAUCUCAAGGCAAUUGCGGAUAAGACAGGUUUUGGUUUGCAAGAAAUUUUGCGCAAAUAUAUCCGGUAUGUUCUGAAUGAGAAACCAUUCAACCCUGAUGUUGUAGCUGAUUUAAUUCAGCUAAGGAGAGCUUCUACGUUAAAUGACUCACAAGUUGCUGAGAUUCUGAAUGAAAUUUCACGAAGAAUUGUGCGAGACAAAGGCCCAAUUGUAAUGAAUAAAUCAGGUUAUACUGAAAAGGGUUUCAAGAGAAAACUAGCUGUUCAGGCCCUUUUUGGAAAGGUUUUCUAUCUAUCUGAGCUGCCAGAGUUCUGUUCAAGUGAUAGCUCUUUAGUUGUCAAGGAAAUCUUCGGGGUUACAGAUGAAGACGCCGACCUACUCAGAUUACAGACAACUUCUGAAGCUGGCAACCUAGAUGCACUUGAGAAGAUGGCUGAUAUUUCAGAUUCAGAAGAUUCUAGCGAGGCUUCAUGAUGCAAAUAUACUUCAGGGUUUUGAAUUCGAAAAGGUUGAGGAAUCUGUUCUGCACGAUAUCUUCUCAUUACGUGGUGCUGCAAAAUCUACAUUACCAUCAUCAUCUCCCAUCCAAAACAUGGAAGUAAACAUGGAAGCAUAAAGGUACAAGAAAUGGCUAAAGUAAGAGUACAAAAAAUAGACAUCAAACAAACAGAGAUAAAACUCAACCUACCACAAUCCCUAUACAAGCAUAUGGAUUGGACAACAAACAAAAGCCUUUAUGCUUAACUUUCAUCCACCACCAAGUGUUGAUUUUGAUAUUGUCAAAAAAGUGUAGUUUUUUUUUUGGUACGAAGUAAACCAAUGUAGUUGCUGACACAUCUUUGCGGUUAAUAACUCUAUUAUGAUGCUCUUUUCAAAUAAA